AUGGCUAUGAUAUCUGAUGACGACGCAUUUCAGUAUACUUCUUCCCUCAGAGGCAGGCGAAUUCGUCUACUCUUCAUUCAACCACCUUACUCAGGUGAUCGCUCUUCCCUCUUACAAGUGAAUCUUGUAGAAGAGCCUCUUGACGCAACUGAUUUCGAUGCGCUGUCUUAUGUGUGGGGGAAAUGUUCUCAGAAAUUUCGAAUAAGAUGCAACGACAAAAAUAUCGAUAUCGGUCAAAAUCUAUACGAGGCACUGAUCGAAGCUCGUAGUCGAGGUGUCUCUCGUGGACUCUGGGCAGAUGCGAUCUGCAUUAAUCAGGCUGAUGAGGCUGAGAAGAAUGAACAAGUUCAACUUAUGAGCAGUAUAUACAGCGCCGCAGCUCACACAAUUAUUUGGCUUGGUGCCGGGCUUGAUGAUCCAUGGCCAAUGGACGACACUUACAGUAAUGCUGAUUUCGAUUGUAGAGCCCGAGGUGUUCCUACUCUUCGUAACGGCUCGGACAUUAAUCCUUCGUGGAAGGCCCUCUUUCAUAUUCUCAAUUAUCCCUGGUUCAGUCGCGUAUGGGUUAUACAGGAACUUGUUUUGUCGUCCAAUCCCUUGAUAUGGAGAGGUAGCAGGACCAUCGAUACUCACGCUCUCAUUUGGAUGGCUUAUCAUGUUGGUUCAAAGCGGGAUAUCCAAACGUGCUUCGCCACCAUACAUGGCUUCGGUAAUUUUUAUGCCUCGAGUAUCGUCCAUUUUUUCUACAACGCAACAGAUCCCCGCGAUCGGUUUUUUGCAAUUGCUGGCAUUUCAGCUCACCUUCCAACCAACUUUGUAGAUUACUCUAGAACACUAGAGCAGGUAGCAUCUCAAGUUGGUUUAAUUACUUUUAUGGGUGGCCAGGACUUCCCCGCUUCUAUAUAUUUCGACGUAUUGGCCGAUUACCCUUCCAUACAUCUCCGUAUUCAACAUAGUCAAAUACCCUCUUGGGUUCCCGACUUCUUUUCGGAUCAGAUUAGGGGAGUUCCUCUCAGUCGUUAUUAUUCCACAAAGGUAAUUCGGAAACAGCAGAUUGGGUUUCCGAACGCCGAAUUGCGACUUACCAUCGAAGAACCCGAUGGAUCAUUAAAGCAGUCGGUAUCUCCCAGAUUCCCGUGCCUUUAUCACAAGGUCAAAGAAGCACAUGUUAGAUCCAUUAUAUUUGACAAAAUCAAAGAUAUAAUGCCCCUGACCGAUUUGAUAAAGAAUGAGAAGUCUCACCAGAGAGAACUUGAUAGAUACUCUACCGAAUCCCUUUACCAACAAUUCGACGGCGCGUACCAGCUUUCAAGAAGAGUCAUCUCCUUCAUUGAUAAAGCACGACUGCUUGCUGAACCAGAGCUCCGCAACUGCAGCGUAAUGUCUGGACAAACGUUUGAUGCAUUUUGGCGCACUCUACUCUACAACAGGAAACAAUUUGCCUCAGAUAAUGAGAUAGAGCCCGACAACGGUAUAGGCAUAUCGUUUGGAUACUGGUAUUUGAUGCUCAAGCUGAUCUCCACGAUACCAUCAAAGCAAGAUCCGUGGUCAUCCUCAUUGCAUUCUAUGGCUUUGCGGCCUUUGGCGCAUCCGUUCAAGAGCAUCUUCGACCAAAUUUACAGUAAUCGCCGAUUUUUCGUGUCAAAGAAUGGUAAAAUUGGUUGGGCUCCGCCCUAUGCUCGUUCUGGUGAUUCCUUGGUCGUGUUUCAGGGCAGUCGUAUUCCUUUAGCUGCUAGACUUGUGGGCGAGAACGUCUGGGAAUGCGUUGGUGGUUGUUAUGUGCAUGGCUGUAUGGACGGAGAAAUUUGGAAAGCCACGAAAUCGGACUGGGACUUUUUAAAAUUUAUAUAA